AUGGCAGGCGCGUUCAAAUCAGCCCGGCUGACCUAUCGCGCUAUAGAGAACAAUGACAAAGACAACGCUUUCAUUCAUUCUCUCCGCCUCGAAUCCGGGUCGCGUGCAACCAACGAGCCUACCCUCUUCAAACCGGUAAAUAAAGCUUCAACUGUGUUGGCGGCUGCUGAAAUCCGUGACGAAUCAUACAUGGCUGUUUUGAUCUGCUUGCCAGCUGAUGAUUUUGAACCGGAAAGACCUAUUGGACGCAUCGAUCUGCAUCCUGAACCUAAAAAGCUAUUACAACACCAUCGUAAUGCUGAGGUGGGGAUUCAGAUCAAGGAAGAGUAUCAGCGGCGAGGCUAUGGAACCGAAGCGAUCGAGUGGAUACUUGAAUGGGCGUUCAAGUAUGGAGGCUUGCAUCGUGUGGCGAUGAGUUCUUUCUCUUUUAGUCCCGGAGCGAGGCGAUUGUAUGAGCGGCUGGGAUUUGUGUAUGAGGGAUUGCUGAGGGAGGUUAUGUGGUUUGAUGGCGGGUGGCACGAUAUUGUUUGUCAGUCGAUGCUCGAGGAUGAGUGGCGUAAGAGGCAAGAGAAGACUGAGUAA